GGAGGGGCGGGGCGGGGCGCGCGGCCUCGCGCUCGCGCUCGCGCCGGGGCGGUGCGGGCUCUCCGCCUUCUGCAGCGCUCUGCAUGUUUUUCCUUUCUUUUUCGCAAUUUUGAGCGUUGUGCAUGACGAGAGGUUCGAGGCAGGUGAGAGCAUCCCGCCCGCCGCGGAGGAGCCCGCGGGCACUCGGCGCGCUCCCCGGGGGUCGUCUGCGCUUGGAGCCCGAAAGUUCUUUUGGUUUUGUGUUUUUAUGCAGGUGUAUUUAUAAAGACAUAAGUAAUUUUUUUUUCUUUUUCUUCUCUUGUCUCCACCGCCUUGAAAGCUAAUACUUUUGGCAAAGGACGGAGGAAAAAGCUCAGCAACAUUUUGGGGGGAGGUUGGAGUUUUUUGGUUUUGUUUUUUUUUUUUUAAGAAAAAAAAAUUGAGUGCAUCGCGAUGGAGAAAAUGUCCCGACCGCUUCCCCUGAACCCCACCUUUAUCCCGCCUCCCUACGGCGUGCUCAGGUCCUUGCUGGAGAACCCGCUGAAGCUCCCCCUUCAUCAUGAAGACGACCAGUCUCCAGCCCUGCCCCGAGGACUGGUGCUUUCUUUCCAAAGUAAAUAGGAAGAUGUCGAAAAACAGGCCGAGAUCCAUGUCCUGCCUGAACUUUUAACUCUAGAUCCACAAGAAACAGCAGCCAGAGAACAGCCCCGCAUAUAGUAAGGAUAAAGACAAGGAAAAGAAGCUGGAUGAUGAGAGUAAUAGCCCGACGGUCCCCCAGUCAGCAUUCUUGGGGCCCACCUUAUGGGACAAAACCCUUCCCUAUGACGGAGAUACCUUCCAGUUGGAAUACAUGGACCUGGAGGAGUUUUUGUCGGAAAAUGGCAUUCCCCCCAGCCCGUCUCAGCAUGACCACAGCCCCCACCCUCCGGGGCUGCAGCCGACCUCCUCAGCGGCCCCUUCUGUCAUGGACCUCAGCAGUCGGGCCUCCGCACCCAUUCACCCUGGCAUCCCACCCCCAAACUGUGUGCAGAGCCCCAUGCGACCAGGCCAGCUGCUGCCAGCCAACCGCAAUACUCCGAGCCCCAUCGACCCCGACACCAUCCAGGUGCCGGUGGGCUACGAGCCGGACCCGGCCGACCUCGCCCUCUCCAGCAUCCCCGGCCAGGAGAUGUUUGACCCUCGCAAACGCAAGUUCUCCGAGGAAGAGCUGAAGCCACAGCCCAUGAUUAAGAAAGCGCGCAAAGUCUUCAUCCCGGACGACCUGAAGGACGACAAGUACUGGGCGCGGCGCCGGAAGAACAACAUGGCGGCCAAGCGCUCGCGGGAUGCGCGGCGACUCAAGGAGAACCAGAUCGCCAUUCGCGCGUCCUUCCUGGAGAAGGAGAACUCGGCGCUGCGCCAGGAGGUGGCGGACCUGCGCAAGGAGCUGGGCAAGUGCAAGAACAUCCUGGCCAAGUACGAGGCCCGGCACGGGCCCCUGUAGGUGGGCGGCGGGCGGCCGCGGCCCGGACAGGCCUUCACCGCAGCGACCGACUUUUCUGACAUCAGCACUUUACCAGACGCAGCAACACGACGGACUCACGUUUUGGGGUGUGUGUGUGUUUGUGCUCCUGUGUGGUCAGCGCGGUGUGUGUGUGUGUGUGUGUGUGUGUGUGUGUGUGUGUGUCCCUGUGUGGUCAGCGAGUGUGUGUGCGCACUCCUACAUCCCUUUGCGCCCGCCAUUUUGAAACGAAAGGUGCCAUGUUUUUACUGGACUGAGGAGACCGCGCGGGUUUCCUUCUCCCCGCCCCUUCACCCUACUCCUGCCCUUUCCUGUGGCUUCAUGUGUGCUCCUGCCCACUCUUUCAGGACCUUCUCGGGUUCACUAAGAAGGGCCCUGCUGAAAUAGUAGAUCUCAGUUUUCAAGACCACGGGCUCUUGUUUCUGUUUAAUCUGUAAGUUACCAUGCUAAUAAGGUGCACAGAGUAAUUUAGCACUACACUGCAGCUCCGUUCAGUUAUAGGUUGCUUUCCUCACUUUUUAAGUUUUGGUGAUAAUCGUCUUCAAAUUUAAAGUGCUGUUUAGAUUUACUAGAUCCCAUAUUUACUUAACUGCUCUCUACUAAGUUUCCUUUUAACUCGACCAACUCCAGCGAGUAAGAGUACUCUUAUAGAACACAGAGUGUGUUUUUGCACUGUCUGUACCUAAAGCAAUAAUCCUAUUGUACGCUAGAGCAUGCUGCCUGAGUAUUACUAGUGGAAGUAGGAUAUUUUCCCUACCUGAGAAUUUCACUGUCUUUUAAAAAGCAAAAAUUACAGUAAUGUAUUUGAGCAUGCCCAGAACAUCCCCAGGACCGGGAAGCAGAGGGAAACGCCAGGUCUAAGAACAAGGGGUUAACUUAUCAGUGUACAGCCAAAAAAUGCAUCUUGGAACAGCUUUUGACAUUGAUGUGUUUGCUUUUGUUUUCUCUCUUUUCCCAUGCCCCCAGCCCCCAAUUUUCUAGUUAACUUUUUCGACAUCCCUCUUGAUAUUCAAUACAAUUCAAUUACUUAAGAUUCAGUUUCCCCCAUUUUUUGGUAAUGUAUAUAUUUUUGUGAAUUAUACCUUGUUGUUUUAAAAAAUCAGUUAAGUUAAUAAGUUGAUGUUUUGUAAAACCCCUUUUUCUUAGUGGUGUCAUAUUUGAAUGCUUCAUAAAUUAAUGAUUCUGGAGCUUAUGUUUCUUAUUCUCUGUUUUCUUUUGAACGUAUGUGCUCUUAUUAAGUGGACUUCUGAAAAAUGAAUGUAAAAGACACUGGUGUAUCUCCGAAGGGGAUGGUGUUGUCACAAACUGUGGUUAAUCCAAUCGAUUUAAGUGUUUACUGUAGACCAAAAGGAGAGAUUAUUAAAUUGUUUAAUGUUUAUACAGAGUAAUUAUAGGAAGUUCUUUUUGUACAGUAUUUUUCAGAUAUAAAUACUGACGAUGUAUUUUGGAAGACAUAUAUUAUAUAUAGCAAAGAGAAAAGGAAAACUAUUCCAUGUUUUAAAAUUAUAUAGCAAAGAUAUAUAUUCAUCAAUGUUGUACAGAGAAGUGCUUGGGGGUUUUUGAAGUCUUAAAUAUUUUAAUUUUGUCACUGACACAUCAGCAUGUUUUCUGCUUUAAAUUAAAAUUUUACAACAGUAUCGAAGCUUGCUGUGACGAAUUCUGCUCUAAAAUAUCUUAGGAGUUUUCUUAUUUCCUAUUAGGUCUCAGAAAGAAAACCCAAAACCACAAAAUGGAUGUUAGUCAAAUAUUUAUUGGAUGAUACAGUGAUUUUUAGGAAAAGCAUCUGCCACAGAAAUGUUCACUUCAAAAUUAUGAGUUCCUAAAAAUGAAUAUCACUGCAAGCACCCCCCAAAAUUCUGUUCUCCUCAGUGGGCACGUGCAUCUUAACACAGUAUAAGGUUAAUAUCGGUGCUAUGUGUAUGAUUUAUAAUUUGAUAGCUGUCUUGACUUUAAAGGUGAUUGUUCUUUUGUUUCACUAACUUGUGUUAAGAGAUUUUGCUGUUGUUAUAAAGAAACAUUUUCUGCAAGAUUAAAAUACCCUUUUAUCAGUGGGAUUUUCUAGUUUCCUGUGUCCAGAGUAUGUGAUUCUUUAAUGGUGAUCUUGUCAAUCUGUUAGCAAUGCUUCUCUCUUACUGUCAUAGUCUUGGGGAAUCUGAAUAUUGGAAUAUUCCUACAGAUAUCCCUUUUUAUCUGAAGCUACAGAUUAUGAUGGGAGAUGGACGCAUAUUGGAAUUAAAAUAACCUUGUUCGGGUAAAUAACUAAUAAAAUAAACAAAACCUCUAUCAAACUUAAGCAGAACUGAAUUAGUGGUAUUCAGAGACACAAGUAAGCAUGGAGUUGGCCUUUUUAUAGGUAAAGAGACUAACUGCAGCAGAAUUGUUAAAUAGUUCAAUAUCUAGCAAGAAAGCUGGAGAAGUAUUGAAGGAUUGUACUGAAGACAAUCCAAAUUCAUUGAAGUUUAAAAUGGUAACUGAAAAAACUGUAUUUGAGUACUAGUCUUUCUGAAAUUAGGUUGCUUGUAUCUGAUGAGUAUCACAGAUGUUUUCUGCAGAAGAAAUUUAAAGAUCAUAAUAAAACUUAUUCUUUGGCAUGCCAGGGGAGGUUUCAGAAACCUACCUCGUUUUAAAUUUUUUAAAGCUUUGGAGUCUGUACAGGUGCCUUAUAUGUAGGUCAUUGUCACCACAUACAAGCACUCAACCCCUGAACUCACUGCCUUCUGUCCAGGGCAGUCAGCUAGUAAAUAAAGCAGUCCUUCUAAAUGACAUGAGAAGGCAUGGCCCGAUUUGGAAUGACUUGGAUCAUCCAGGGUCAGAUGAGUUCCGCAGACUGCAGCUAUUAAAAGAGUCCUGUUGUCAUUUUUCACCUUUUCAUCAUAAGCAUCUUUCAGAGAUUAAUUACUUGGCCAUUAAAAAUGAAUCCAAAUCAUAUUAUGCCAACAUCAUUUAGACAUGAUUUGGAAUGAGCGGCCUAGGACUUCUUGACAAGGUCACAUCCUCCUUUCGACUGGACUUGCAAAGAAAGGCGAAAAUUGAUCAGCCUAUGGUUCUGCUUGUGCUACCUGGAGGACAUAGGUAGGGAAUGGGAGGGCUGUAAGUGAUCACUUCCUCCUCUUGAGAAAGUGGACGCUUUUGACCAUUCCAAAACCCACAGUGAGCAGAAUAGUGACAGGCCUUUCAUCCUCACAUAUGACAGGCCGCUGUGAAACCAUCGUUUGAAGCAGAAGGACCGUUUGCUUCAUGAGCAUGCAGACGGAAUUCUAGCACUGGGUGGAGAGGAAGCAGUGCUAGAAAGCCCAGAGGUUCCUUCCAACUUACCGGUUUUGUGAGGAACUCAAUUCUAAAUAUAUGUUUGAAAGGUCUUGGGUCUGUUUGGAGAAGAGUCAGUAAGAAUUUUAAGUAGAGUCACUCCCACCCCCAUCCCAAAUUAAAACAAAGGUCAUUCUGUAAAAUGCAAAGGAGUUUGCCUCCCUUAUUCCUAAAGUUCUUUUUAGGAAAACUUAAUUCGUGUUAAUCAGGGCAGUUCCAGAAGGUGAUAGACACCUGCUCUCAGUCUGCCAGCUUCCUGCUAAGGGCUCCUAGGCCCUCACUGGGGAGGCUAAGAUCUCCUCUAGGUUUUCUCUACAAUUAAUGCCAUUUUUUAAAUGAGCAAAGCCAUGUUUUUAAUCGUGAUGCAUUGGAUUUGGCAACUAAAGGCAGUACAUUUUGCUGAGGGCUAAGUGUAUGUAGAGGAGUGUAUGUGUGUGUGUGUGUGUAUGUGUGUGUGUGAGAGAGAGUAGUUAAGGCAUAAAAUCUUUCAUGUGGAGCACCUUACCAAACAUAACGAUAAUCACCAUUAUCCUUUUGGCAACACCACCAAGAUUGCAUCUGUUAAACAGGUACCAGUUCACUUGAUGUCAGUGUGUUUGUACACCAUGGUUUUGGUUGCUGUUUAUGCUGUUAAGUCCAAAACUUUGUCUGUUAUUCUUAAUGUUUAAUAAAAUUUGAAUUGUU